AUAAAAACCAGCAGUCUACUUCAGGCUGUUGCUGGAGCCACAUUCUUUUGCUGGUGUGCUGUCCAGCUGCUGGGAGUGUGGUGCUCUCCAAGGUGCUGAAAUUCUGUGCUCACCCCUGUCUAAGAUCCUCUGUUCACCAUUCCGGAGAAGUACCCCUUGGUUUAUUUCCUCAUAAGGACUCUCAGACUCUCCUUUCCUCCGUGCAAUAAUGAUGGAGAAUGAAGCCUUCGCCUCUUUCGUCGUCUUUGGCACCCUUCUGGUCCUGAAAAUGUACCUCCUGGCUGUCAUCACCGGACAAGUGAGACUUCGGAAGAAGGCCUUUGCCAACCCUGAAGAUGCUCUCCGGCAUGGAGGCCUGCAAUACCACCGAGGAGACCCUGAUGUGGAAAGAUGUCUCAGGGCUCACCGCAAUGAUAUGGAGAACAUCUACCCUUUCCUCUUCCUUGGGGCCGUCUACUCCCUCCUGCGCCCCAAUCCCGUUGUGGCUCGGAUCCACUUCUUGAUCUUCUUCAUCGGCCGGAUCGUCCACACGGUGGCCUACCUCCUGAAGCUGAGAGCCCCCACCCGCUCCGUGGCCUACAGCGUGGCCCAGUUACCCUGCUUCUCCAUGGCCUUACAGAUCCUCUACGCACUUGUAAAAGGCUGGUGAUCACCCAGCAGCCCGGCAGCAAUUUGAUGUGAUGGAGAUUGGGAAAAGACAGACAGUAGACCCCGUCCAAGCAGGCGGGUGUGCGAACUCUUCCGUUUCCUUGCUUUUUGGCAUUCGAAUUCCAUUUCUUCCGCCUUUGUCUGGAAUCUGGAUGGAGCUCAGCUCACAUUUACGCUGCUUGUAAACCUUUUCUUCCAAAGAUACCUUCCCGUGGUGAGAUGCAGAUCCAUCAGUGCUCAAUAAAAGCAUUUCCUCCCAGAAGAAAAUGUCUCUAAUUUUGAGCUGCAACGAUCAACAAGCUGGAAGAGGCCUCGGAGGUCCAAUCGUUCACCUCCCUGCUCCAAGCACAAAUCUGCUACAGCACGCCUGCCGGAUAGCCGUCUAGCCUCUUGGAAAUCCUCCAAUGAAGGAGUGCCUGCCAUUUCAUGAGGCAGGCUGUUCCACAGCCUGUUAGGACAUUCUUCCUAAGUGAUUAGCUUAAAUCUGCUCCCUUGUGAUUUCUUGGUUCUGCCCUCAGGGGAAACUCAGAACAAGUCAGCUCAUUUUUAAUGUGGAAAGAGAGGGCGCAGGCAUGCUCCAAAGGCCAUAACUUCAGGGAGUUGUUGCAUCACUGCUACAACUUCUAUUAAUAGAAGGAGAUUUCUCUUAACUUGGAUUUGCCUGCAAACAUUCUUAAGAUUAUUUCCCCUUAUUGAAUUUCCUGUUUGCCAAAGUUUCCAGUUAUGAUUCUCGAAGACCACAGCCCCAAGCAAAUUUACUGGGGAGUAAGUUCCACUUCUAAGUGGAUCUUACUUUUGAGUAGACGCACUGUGCUAUGAGUUUGCCUCUAAGGUACCAGUGAAGGUAUCACACCCGUGUUUUCGAAACCUUUUCUCAAUUAAAAUUCACCCUAUGCUUCAUGCUUA